CCUCAAGCCAAACAUCUGGAAAGACAAUCUGGCUUCGAAACCAGUUACUGAAGAUGCUGUUAGAUGUAAUGCACUCAGACAAACUUCAUCUGUCCUCUGAGAAACAAGAAGAGACAUUUUUGGCACUGGGGCCAGACUGGUUUCUGCUGUUCACACAGAGCUACCUGCACUCUAGCACCGUUGUGCUAGGAAUCAAGCUACUUCUGUGCUUCCUCCACAAUCGCUCACUGCUGAACAAAUUCAAGGAGGGGAUAGUGGCUGGGCGCUGGCUGGAAAACAGCUCUGUGGGGUUGAGUAUUCUAAUGGAUAACUUAAAAGCUCAUCCUCCAGUGCCUGACAAUGGCUCCUUCUUGAUUUUUGGGUUUUCUGUGUUGCAAAGAUGUCUGACUGAUCAUGUCCACAUUCCUGAGAUCUACUUGCUCGUGGCAGGGCUCUUUCUGGCAACUCCACAGUCUGAACCACCUGAAGCAGCCAAGAAAGAUCUUGAGUCUAUGUUGCAGUGGAUCUUGCAGCACCACCUUCCAGAGAAUGUCCUCAAAAUUGGGUUGUGUGCAGAGGCAGCUACUUUACUGCUGGAAAUGGUUAGAGUCACUGUGGACAAGCCUAUUGCAGAUGCAGAAGCCUCUUGGGAGAUUGCCUAUCCAGGGAAUGUUAUCCAGUUUCUGUGCUUGAUCUAUCACAGUUAUACUCAGGACCCUGUGUGGCACUGUCCUGACUUCUUGAAAACUUUGGCUAUGCUUGCUUUCCAUUCUGGACCACCCAAGGGAGGCUCUGAAGGCCUUUUGUCUCCUGAUGGUCCAGCCAUUGCUGAAGGGAAAGGCUGUGUUGAUCCCUCCUCUCUCCCGCUCCUACCACACCCUGCCAAGAAACAAGUGUGGGAUUUUGUGCGAGUCCUCCUGAGGGACAGUCUUCUCAACAUCCCAGCAAACAAACAAGGGCAUCCGCUUGAGCUGCUUCUUGAGGCUUCUCCAGAGGAUGCCACCAUUGAGCAGAAAAGACAUUUUCAAACAAAAGUUUUACUGUCUGCUAUGGAUGUCUUCCAUGUUACCAGCCAAGGCGAGGGGAAAACAAGACCAAGAGGGAGCAGUGAUCCUCAUGGCCCUUCAGAAUCAACUGCACCUGUAUCCAUGAUGAAUAUUGCUUAUUGUGCUCAGAAGCUGGUUGAGAAGCUGAACAGCAGAAUGUUUGCUGCUGACCCCAAGCAAAUCCUGAUCUUCACUGCCAGACAGAUUAUGGAGGUCUUAGAAAGCUCCGUUCCUCAAAAGGAAGUUUUCCUCAGUGCCCUAUACAGCUGUCUAAACAGAGCCAUCCUGUACUGCCUAUCCAGACCACAACAAUCGCUGCCUGAACAGUUUAAUGUCCUGAACACUCUCAAUGUCCUGCAGGAGCAGUGGGACAUUAUUUUUGCAACUUACAACUCAAAUAAUAAUUUUGUCAUCUGCCUAAUGUACUGUCUUUGCCAACUGAAUUCGGGCAGUUAUCCAGAAGGUUUUGGGGUGGAUGCAAAACCAAAGUUGGCUUCAUAUCACCAGAUUUUCCUUGCACCCAGUGAAGAGGAAAAGGGCAGCCUGCCUACUCCAGAUGAUGUCCAUCAGGAGAUUCUGAGAACAGUAGAAAUCAUCUGGAAGCAGCUUAUUUCUCAGAGGUGGCAGGCUCUGGAGGACGCUUACAAGAUGGAUCUUUCUGUAAAAGGAAAUGACAAAGAAAGGGACAUGAAGAUAACGGAGAUCACUCCAUUGUGGGAAGAAAUUAUGACAAAAGCUUGGCAACACUUGAUAGCAUCUGAAAAGAAGAUUCUCCAGAAUAAAGCAGGGCCAGGCCUGUCACAGAGCAAGCACAGUUCCUGGAGUGAAAGCCUCUCUUCAGCUAUUAGAUUGAUGCCUGGCCGAAACACAAAGGAAAUGACAUGCAAAUCUGAGGGAUUUGUGUCAUGUAUGGAACGGUACCGAAGAAUUGGGCAGGAGCUGUAUGCCUCUUUGUACAAGAACCACGUACAGAUGCUGCAGUGUGGUUACAGCAAAGCAGCCAAGGACUGGAUGAUACUUGAGGAGCAACUCUUCUACAGAAGGGGCCCAUGGGGCGAUCCAUCACAAACCUUAGAGCCACGAUGGAUUCUUGAUUGUUAUGAAGGGCCUUCACGAAUGAGGAGGAGGAUUCAGCACAUCAAUGCCCGAGUGACAUCUAAAUUGCAAAUGCUUUUGGUGUCAUCCGGCUGCCACUAAAACUGCAAUCUCUUUUAUACUGAUAUAGGAGAGCUGAUGUUAAAUGAAGCAGAAAGGGAGAUGGAUAAGAAGGGAUCAGAUUGUAACCAGCUAACGUUCUUCCCUGCUCUACAUGAAAGUUUCCAUUCAGAAGACUUCUUGGAACUGUGUGUGGAGAGACAAAUUAUAUUGCAGGAGUUUGCAGAGAAUGAAAAGGUCACGUUCAAGUGCUCUGUGGCAGUUGUGCAGGGGCAUACAGCAUUGGAAGGAGUGCUGCUCUUCGGCAAAGAGCACUUUUACAUCUGUGAGUGCUUUGUGUUAUCACCUCUGGAAGAAGUCUACUGUACACGUCACUGCUUGUCCAGCAUCAGUGAUCCAUUUAUUUUCAACUUAUGUCACAAAGAUCAUGCUGUGGGAGACCAGAUGUGUUCCCGUUAUUCAUAUCAUGAUAUAAAAGCGAUUCAUCUGAUGCGCUUUCUUCUGCAGGAGAUCGCCUUGGAAAUAUUCUUCAAAAAUGGUUACUCCAGAUUUCUUGUCUUCCAUGACAGCGACCGAAAUAAGAUAUUUAAGAGAUUUUGCUCUUUCCAACCUGCUCUGAAGUCGAAGGGGAUAACAGAGGAGUCCCUGAAUAUCAGGAAACACUCAGGAGGGGAAAAGACAAUGCUCCAGAAGUGGCAGAAGAGGGAGAUCAGCAACUUUGAUUAUCUCAUGUACCUGAACACAUUGGCUGGCCGUAGCUACAAUGAUUACAUGCAGUAUCCUGUGUUUCCAUGGGUCCUCGCUGACUAUCACUCCGAGACUCUAAACCUUACUAAUCCUCACACAUUUCGGGACCUGUCAAAGCCCAUGGGAGCGCAGACUAUGGAGAGGAAACGCAAGUUCAUCCAGCGCUACAAUGAGGUGGAGAAGAGCGAGGGAGACCUGUCAGCCCAGUGCCAUUACUGUACUCACUAUUCAUCAGCAAUUAUAGUGGCAUCUUACCUGGUCCGAAUGGAGCCAUUUACCCAGACCUUCUGUUCUCUGCAGGGUGGGAGUUUUGAUGUUGCAGACAGGAUGUUUCACAGUGUCAAGAGCACAUGGGAGUCAGCAUCAAGGGACAACAUGAGUGAUGUCAGGGAACUCAUCCCUGAAUUCUUCUACUUGCCAGAGUUCCUAACCAAUGCGAAUCACUUUGAACUUGGCUGCAUGCAGGAUGGAACAGUGCUGGGAGAUGUGCAGCUUCCUCCUUGGGCAGAUGGAGACCCCCAUAAAUUCAUUCUCUUGCACAGACAGGCACUGGAAAGUGACUAUGUCAGUGCACACCUCCAUCACUGGAUAGAUUUGAUUUUUGGCCACAAGCAACAUGGCUCAGCUGCAGUGGAGGCAGUUAACACCUAUCACCCUUACUUCUACGGAGACAAGAUGGACCUCAACAACAUUAAAGAUCCUCUGAUUAAGAGCACCAUCCUGGGUUUUAUCAGCAACUUUGGACAGAUACCAAAGCAGCUUUUCACAAAACCACAUCCAUCCAGGAAUGCCCAAGGGAAAAGUUCAUCCGGAAGAGAGACUGUGCUGUCCCUUCACUCAAGUGGAAUUCUUCCUCUUUUUAUGAGCAGCCUGCAAAAUCUGAAGCUCUCACCAGUUACAAUAAAAGAAUUAAAUAUGUUCUCUGUCUUGUCAGACUAUCCCAAGGGAGCUAUUGGGCACAUUGUUCAUACUGAGAAAGGCAUUCUGGCUGUUGAAAAGAAUAAAGUUUUGAUUCCUCCCCUUUGGAGCAAAACAUUCUGCUGGGGAUUUGAGGACUUCACCUGCUGCUUUGGCAACUAUGGGUCUGAGAAGAACAUGACUACAUUUGAGUGCAUGGCAGACUGGGGAAAGUGCCUCUGCGCUGUGUGUCCUUCAGCAACUACCAUAAUCACAUCUGGAACAAGCUCGGUUGUGUGUGUCUGGGAACUUUCCUUGGUCAAGGACAAAGUGAAAUGUCUGAACUUGAGACAGGCUUUGUAUGGGCACACUCAGGCAGUGACCUGCCUUGCUGCGUCUGUGACCUACAGCAUCUUCGUGAGUGGAUCCGAUGACAGAACCUGCAUCAUUUGGGACCUGAACAAGCUGACGUACAUAAACCAGCUUCCUGCCCACGAGGCAACCCUCUGUUCCGUUGCCAUCAACAAUUCAACA